UUCGCUCCAUCCUGGCUGCACGAUCCAACGUAAUGCCAUGUUUGCGUCGCCGGUCCACCUGCCGCAUGGAGUACCACGAGUGCGGUCCUUGCCGCACCUGCAUCACUGGCACGGAGAAGGCACAGCACCAGGCACUUCAUGGCCUGGUAUAGCCACGCGUGGAGUGGUGAUCCUGGCAGCGGCGGGAUGGGCAACGAGACGCCCGUGCAUCUGGCAGCGCCGUUGUUCUUCGCGUACCCGACGACAGGGAGUCCGAGCAGCGUGGCAGUGGUGGGGAGCCAAAAGUUCUGAGGCAUGGCCCGAGAGGCUGGAGGACUUGAUGUCCAAAGCCAGGGGAUUUCUCAAGGACUUCUUUGGCCACGACGAAUACCGAGAAGAACAGGAGGAGGCCUUGAGAGUUGCUUUGAACCACCAGGACCUUGAGAUAUACUGGCCCACAGCUGCUGGAAAGUCUUUGGUUUAUCAACUAGUCGCAUUGCUCAGCUGGCAAGAAAAGCGUGGCAUUGUCAUCGUCGUGGAACCGACCAUCGCUUUGAUGCAGGAUCAGGUUCAGCAGUUCGAGGAAAGAGCUAAUGCAUUUGGCAAUAUUGGAGCAAAAGCGUGCUUACUUGGCUCCGCUCAGACUGACAAGGAAGUGAUCGACGGCGCUGUUGCAGGCGACUACUGCUUGGUCUACAUGUGUCCCGAAAGCGUCACGCAAAGGUAUUUGCAGGCCUUUAGGUCAUUGUAUGACAGUCAGCGCAUGUCGCUUUUCGUGAUCGAUGAAGCCUGUUACAUCCCGCUUUGGGGCAAUUAUUUCCGUCCCGCCUUCCAAAAUCUGGAUUUUCUUCGGGUGGCGUACCCCAGUGUGCCGAUCCUCGCGCUCUCUGGCACUGCCCCUCCAAAACGUCAGUGGCGGAUACGUGAGUCCCUGAAGCUUGAGAACCCAGUGAGAAGUCGAAGGCCAAUGUUCCGCCCCAAUCUGCAUUUGGCCACCCAAUGUUGCAUAAUGGCAGAAGAAAAAUUUGCCGUCAUACUGGAUCUUCUGGACAAAGGGAACUAUCCUGCUCUGGUGUAUGUGCCCACCAAGAAGCUUGGACGCACGGUACGACAAUACCUCGAACGUGCAUCCAAGCUAUCCAUUGGGUACAUUGACGGUGAUACACCUGCAGACCUCCGGGCAAUCCAUAAUCUUGAUUUCCAGCGUGAUUUGACGGACGUCAUGGUGGCCACUGAUGCAUAUGGUCAAGGCAUUGACAAGGCCAACAUUCGGCUCGUCGUCCAUUUCGAAGCGCCCGUGAACUUCGAGCUGUAUAUCAACCACAUCGGCCGCGCUGGCCGUGAUGGGAAGCCCUCACAAUGCGUCCUUUUGUACAGCCUCGCGUGGUUCAAGACAGUCAAGCAGCCUAAUUCGUGCUUCACAAAAGAGUUGGAGAAUAUGGAUGUCGCUUCUCGGAAGGAGGAACACCACUCGCGGAAAAUUCUGAAAAGUUUCUGCACCUCGGGCUUUGGCUGCCGAUGGCAACGGUUGUUGGUCUACAGUGGCUGUGAAGACGAAAUGGACAAAGAUGGAGGAUGUGGUGAUCAAUGCGACGUUUGCCGCAGAAAGGCAAAGAAAAAAUUCCAAAACGCGAGAAACCUCAAAGCUGCUGCGACCCCCGAAUUUGACACUGCACGAUGUGUGGAACCUCUUGAUAAGCUGCUGCUACGGGAGGAACGGUCUGGUUUGGAUGUUUUGUCUAGCGCUUUGGCUUCGCCCAGAGACUUCAACGCGAGGCCGCCAGUGGUGCGAGCCACGAAGACGGCGGUGCGAGCCACGAAGACGGCGGACGAGACCGUCUCAAGCCCGGCACUUGCAAAGAUUGAAGAAGAUGAAAAAGAAGUCAAAUCGCUGAAUAUCAGAGGCCCAAGGAACUUGCUGCCUGUUGAUUAUCGAGAAACAGGAGCAUGGCAAUGGUGGGGAGCAAAAAGUCCUGAGGAGUGGCCAGAAGUGCUGGAAGGUUUGAUGGCCUCAGCCCGAGGACUCAUGAAGGACUUCUUUGGCCAUGAGGAAUACCGAGAAGGACAAGAGGAGGCUUUGAGAGCCGUCUUGUGCCACCAGGACCUGGAGAUGUACUGGCCCACGGCAGCUGGAAAGUCUUUGAUAUAUCAAUUGGUGGCAUUGCUGAGCUGGCAAGCAAACCAGGGCAUUGUCAUCGUUGUGGAGCCUACCAUCGCUGUCCAGCAGGAUCAAAUUCAGCAGUUCAAUACAAAGGCCGAUGCUUGUGGCGCGGUUGGAGCCAAAGCCUGCUUACUUGGCAGUGCUCAAACUGACAAGGACGUGGUUGAUGCUGCCCUUGCCGGGAACUACUGCUUGGUCUACAUGUGUCCGGAGGGUUCUACGCAAAGGUUCUUGCAGGACUUCAUGCCAUUGUAUGACAGUGGGCGUCUGUCUCUUUUCGUGAUCGACGAAGCUUGCUAUAUCCCGCUGUGGGGCUACGGCUUCCGUCCUGCCUUCCAAGAUCUUUCUUGGCUUCGGGAUGUGUACCCUGGCGUGCCGAUGAUUGCCCUCUCCGGGACCGCGCCCCCAGCGCUUCAGCUCCGGAUACGUCACUUCUUGAAGUUAGAGAAGCCCUUGAGAAGUCAUAGGCCGAUGUUCCGCGGCAAUCUGCAUUUAGCCACACAGAGCUGCCAAACAGACAAAAGUAAAUUGGAGGUUAUUGUGGAUCUUUUGGCCAAAGGCAGCUAUCCAGCCUUGGUCUAUGUGCCCACAAAGCCAAUGGGACGAAGGACGCUACGCCGCCUCCAAGCAUGCUGUGCAGAACGUGGACUGGAGCUUUCCUUUGCGUACAUUGACGGUAACACACCUCCAUCCGACAGGGCUGACAUGAAUUUGGCUUUCCAGAAUGAUGAGAUUGACGUCAUGGUGGCCACUGAUGCGUAUGGUCAGGGCAUUGAUAAAGCCAACAUUCGGCUGGUCAUCCAUUGGGAACCACCAGUCAACUUCGAAGUGUACUUGAACCACAUCGGCCGUGCUGGCCGUGAUGGGGUUCCCUCAAAAUGUGUCCUUUUGCACAGCCAUGGCUGGUGGAGGCAGCUCUUCGAAGAUGAUCGAUUCUUGACAGAACAGUUCAAGAGUAUGGACGACAAGGCUCAGGAGGAGGAGUUGACCUCGCGGACACGCUUGCGUAGCUUCGCCGUUUUCCGGCGCUGUCGAUGGAGAGCCUUGUUGCGCCACAACGGUUGUGAAAAGGAGCUGGACAAAAAUACAGGAUGUGGUCAAUGCGACGUUUGCUGCCAAGAGAAUGUAGACGAGGUACUCGAAGAUUUUACUGCCCCGGGCCGGCUGUUGCUGCUGUCACUGGAACGAAUUGUACGUGAGAAGCACUCUGGUUUGAAAGAAGAUGUUUUGGACCUGGCAUUGGAAACGAUAGCAGAUGAUGAACAAGACCUCAACCUAAUCCAAAUCAGAGACUCAAGGAACUUGCUGCGGGCUCGUUUGCUACGAAAGAGCUUCAUGGCAGAAUUGUUGGAAGUCUUAUGGACCAGCGGAUUUGUUAACAAGACCAGUACACCGAUGCCCGAAUUCAUUUUGGAACAGAAAGGCAAAGAUGCUAUAUGGAAAGCCGAGCCGAUUUACUUGGUGCCCUCUGAAAGAUUGAGAAAGCUUAAAGCUGGAGAGAACCUUGAAGACCCGGUUGGCAAGAAACAAGUCAAAAAAAUCAUUGAGGCAGUGAAGGAGUGGAAAGCUACCGACAUUUGCGAUGAUGAGGCCAGGGCCAAUGCAGUCGACUACCUGAAGGGGGUUCUGUCCGAUUUCCCCGGGAACAAAGACGUUCCCUAUCCUUUGUCUGACCUCAGCGAGAAGAAAAUGAUUUCCAAACCUUCGAGCGUUCGCGGACCAAGGGUUUUGAAGCAAACCAAGAGGACACCCUUGCGGUUGCUGCAGAGCCUGGCCAAGGAUGGGCGAAUCGACAUGAAAUUGACUCAAGCUCAGGGAACCUGGCGUUGCACCUUGGCGUUUCGAAGGGGAAGGGCAGCGCAUAUUAUGACUCCGUUGACAGCGACUGGAAAAAGCAAGAACGCCAGCUUGAAACAGGCUUGGCACCAGGUUUGCGAAAAUGGAUUCCGCGUCAAAGCUGACACGACACCUUGGCUCCAAGAGCAACUAGCUGCGCUUUCCAGUCGGUCUUCAGAUCUGCGCCUGUGCGUGGUGGGUUCCUGCCAUGGCGAAAGCAUGCACCAGGCCCCACUCUUUGCAGCCAAGCUCAAAUGUGCCAACCAGUACAUCAUGGGCAAGUGUGGAAGCUGGUAUAACGCUGUCCGAAGUACCUUUGGUUGCGCAAGAGCUCACCUUCUUGAUGCUUGAAGGAAGGAUGAAGUUGAGGUCACAUGAGGUCAUAGCAAAUGGGAGGUUCACUUUGGGUGAAGACUUAGACACAGACAGACUUGAACAAAGCUGGCUGUAAGAGAUGACAUGUACGGAGAUCUGAGAUAGAUACAGACAGAUAGAUUGGUGCUGCAUUUACUCUAACUGAAUGUCCACGUCACAAAGCAAGGCGGUACUGUCGUAUGUUUCAGUCAUGUAUAGGCAGCUGGAACUCGAUUCCAGUAAUCCGAUCAAAUUCCCUAGAGAACAAGACCCCGUCACGAUAUGUUGCCGUGGCAUAUUGUUUUCAAGGAACACUGUGUUCACGAAAAGCGCAGAUGUUUAAGCCAUGGUACCAGCCAAGUGAUGCCAAUGCACAUUGUAUUGUUUACAUGCACGUUGUGUUAUCGGGGACAACAUUGCAGAAAGGCAUUCCAAGUGUGCGUUGGUGAAGCGGCGGGCCUUGUUGCAAGGGCAUGCUUGGCCACACCAAAUCUCACAGCUAUACUUACUUUACUUCGUUGUAGGCUAAAUACAGAUAGUCUUUCCAACUCUGAACUCUGUGUGCUGUAGAGCAAGGUCAGACCGACAUCAGAAAAAUCAUACAAAACCAUUGUGCCACGCCACCAGCCACUGCUGGACAUGUAAUUAAUGCUCUUCCAGUUGUGCUUUUUGAGGGCUACCGUAAUUUCUUUGAGUUUUGAGGCUUUUUGGGUGCCGGGUGCACUGCACAAAAACGAAACACUGUGUAGUCAUGAAACAAAGCUGUCAAAUCGUCGUUUCUAGCUCUGCCUUUUGAACAGGUUGUUUCUAGGUAGACAGUAGAUUUUGGUUCCAGCCACGAAGCCGGCCCGCAUGGAGCAGUGUGUCUUCAUUGAGGACAGCAAACGUUUGCCAGUUGUUCCGGAAGCAACUCUCCGUUUCUGAGAGUCUUCCGCUUGAGGUAGCCGUGGGUCAACAGCACAAAACACUUGAGAUCAAACAAAGGCCAAUAAGAUCCGAAGAUUGGUCACGAACAAAAGCAUUUUCCUGUGCUCGGACCUAGCUUGAUCCAUUUUGUACAUAUCGACUCGGGCUCAGUUAUGCUGGAUCACAUAGCCUGGC